ACCAACAAGCAGUUGCGCCGUGGACGUACAUCUGGAGAGCGGGUUCGUUGUGAAUUUGAAACAGACUGCCUGCAUAGACGGUCACGUAGUACAGGUCAUCGUGCGUGAUCAGAUCUCUUUUUCCCAAACUCCUGUCAUUCAUCUGUGUUUUUUCCAUCUCAUUCGCCAGCGUGACAUAUAAGGCUGUGAGUUGUAACUCGACCCGGACUGAAAAGCCUGGCUACAGCAGCUCCAACAGCUGGAUGAGGGCGAGAAACAUCUGCAGCGUCUGUUCCGGAGUGCGUAAAAUGAAGGGACAGCUGGAUGGCUUGGUGCCGCCUGCCCUGGAUGGAACAUCACAGGAAUGAGAGUCAGCAGCUCGGGUACAUCACGGACUUGUGGGACAUGAUAGCUCUUUAUCUUUGACUUAAAGAGAACAGCUACGGUUUGAACUGAAACACAAGAAGUGGAUCAGACAGGGAUGAAUCAGAUGGAGGAACUGAGUUAUCUUCCACCAAGAACGACGAGUUUGCCUGCAGCUUCUGCAAAGAGACGGUUCGUCAAGCUGGGCAGGAAGACAAGUGAUGGGUCAGAGCAAUCUGCUUCAUCCACCGGCAGUUCAUCCACCAGCAGGUCAGCUGAGGGCGUGGUCGUCAGACAGCCCAGCAAGAGCCGCAUCCGUCGCCAUACCAACCGUCUGUCAGGCGUCUUCCUUCGGGCCCCCACCUCCAGCUCAGACUCCAUGUUGCUGACGGCGGGUCUCAGGUCAUCACUGUCCACCCAGGCCACGAAAGGCAGCAUGAUUUGUGAGGACGCUUUAAUUGCGGAUGACCCGUCGGAGCUGUCCAAUCAGAUAACUGCUCCAGGAAUCCUGAAGAUCUUUGGGAAUGAACUCUGUGAAGGAGCUCACUAUAAGAGCGUCCUGGCCACCACACACUCCAGCGCAAAGGAGCUAGUCAAAGAGGCCCUUGAACGGUAUGGCCUGAGCAAGGAGGAGGCCGAGUCCUACGUUCUCUGUGACACCAUUGGCUCCAUCGGAGGGAACCAGUGGAGAACCGAAGGGUUUAGAGUCGUCGGCGACCACGAGAAGCCCCUCCUCCUGCAGUCACUGUGGAAACCAAGAGAAGGCCUGGCAAGACGGUUCGAAAUCCAGAGGAGGAGCCUGGUAGAGGAAAAGACAUCUAAAGACAAAGACACCAUCACUGCUGGUAUAAAUGCCCAGGCUCGAAAGCUGCAGAAGAGCCGCUCCCGAGUGACCUCCACCCUCGUAGACAGGAAUAUGGAUCGAAGUCACACGCUGUGGCGGAGCAAAAGCGAAAUGGACCUGUUAGACUCUGAUACCAAGACGAAACAGGAGUCAGAUCAGGAUAAAUGUGUGAAGGAUCGAAGCGAAUGCCUGAAUCAAGCCUUACUGCAGUGCUAUGAGCGCCCCAAAACAAGCACGCAACAGAAUCACACUCACAGCCUCGCAGUUCCCUCCGAGGGGUCGCAGGGAACAACAGAGACCCUCUGUCCGACGAGGCCGAGAGGCGAGCGGGAAGGAGAGGAGUCGGAGAGGGAGGAGACGGAGAGCAGCGACGACAACACUACACAGUACUCCAUUCACCCUCCUCACGACUGUCCAUACCUGCUACUGCUGCAGGGCUGCAGCCCCGCACAGGACUUUGUCAUCUACCUACUUGCGGGGACAAACAUUUUAAUUGGACGGCAAAGUGAUCAGGAAGAUGGGUCAAAGGAUGACAUCCUCCUGUUUGCCACCGAUCUCCUUUCGAGACACUGCUAUUUAUGCCGCCAUAGCGUUGGGGGUGCCACUGUCCUCUGCCCUUGUCAGGAUGCUGUGGUCACCUGGAAUGGUGAAGUGCUCAAAGAGGAAGUACAGCUUAGUCCUGGUGAUGUCAUCGGGCUAGGACAAUGCUACCUGUUUCUUUUCAAAGAUCCCUCAGCUUCGCUGCACAAGGAAGUGAACGGGGCUGCACCGGAGCCCAGCUUGUCUGCUGUCCCCUGGAUGCUGACCCACAACACCUCAACAAACCAUACUACAGAAAUGAACCUCUGCAAUAUCUGCACCUCGACCUGUACCAACCCCCACAGCACGAGCAGCAAACUGGCCCUGAGCAGUGGUCCUCCAUUUUUAAAAUCACCUGAAGGCCACAGCCUGACUCUGACCUACGAGACUGAGGACGAGGAUUGCAUUGUCAUGGAGAUAGUUGCUAUGGGCGGGGCUGGAGUUGAAGACCGACCGCCGCUGACUGCAGCGUUUCUGCUGUGCAUGUGCAUUCAACACUCAACAACAUGUCUUCAUAACUCAGACCUCCGCAGGCUCCUGCUGCUCAUUGCCAGUGAAGUUCAGAGUGCCGUGUGGGAGCACACUAAGGAUCUAGCUGCAGAUCAACCUGAAGUUCUCAACGGUGACGGCUCAACCUCAGAGGACCUUCACCCUCUCCGCCUUUUGGAAGUCAUCUCAGGACUGCGCCCCCUUGUGGUAUGGAUGUCCAACAGUCUUGAGCUGCUGCAGUUCAUCCAGUAUCAGCUGCCUCUUAUUCUGGAGUGGAGAGCCAGGAAGGAUCAGGGACGGGAGGAGGGCGAGGAGAGGGAAGGAGAUAAAACCCAUGAGGGGGAGAUCACAGCCUUGUUGGAGCUUCAUCUGUCCUGUGUCCGCUCAGCCAGUGAGGAAACUAUGGCUGUUCUGGAGGAGGUCAUCAUGCUUGCCUUCCAGCAGUGUGUUUACUACAUUACCAAGGUCCUGUACCCCAUCCUACCUGGACUUCUGGACUGCAACCCAUUCAGAAGGAGUCCUGUCCGGCAGGGGACUUCUGAGAGUGCUCGAGUCCUGGGUAGCAGUGGACUGCAGGUCCCUGCUGAGAUCCAGAAAGUUGUGGAAGUCCUCAAUGAGACGUGGAUGCUACUCGCAGACUGUCAGCUCCAUCCAGAGAUUUCCUCUCAGCUCAUUGGCUACCUCUUCUACUUCAUCAAUGCAUCACUUGUCAACUCACUAAUGGAGAGAGGCUCAGAACCGGGUUUCUACCAGUGGUCCAGAGGUGUGCAAAUGCGGGCCAAUCUUGACUUGCUCCUGGACUGGGCCCAUGCAGUUGGACAGGGAGAACUGGCCUUGGAUCACACAAACACACUCUUGUCAGCUAUCAAUCUUCUUGCCACACCGAGAAAGAAUUUACUGCAGACAUCUUGGAUAUCCUUGCGGUCUCACUACCCUACCCUGAGUCCAGCCCAGCUGAGCCAUCUACUGAGUCUAUACAGCCAAGGGCCUUCCUGCAGACACAAGUGGAUUCCAUCAGUGCAGGAUGAAGCAGCAGUACUUCAAACUGCUGAUAUCCUUGAAAGUUUUGACACCCAUCAUCCUCUGGAGCUGCCUUGCGGGGGUUACCAGUUCCAACUAAGAAGGGCAGUAACAGAUUUAGACCUAAGUGAACAGCUGGACAGGCUCAAAGGGUUUAUUUCCUUACUCCCUAAACCACAGUCUACUGAAGUUACUCUAGAGCAUCAGAGAGGUAUAGUUCAGAACCUCCCAUUCCCAUCUGCUACCUCUGAUGCCUCACCUCCAUCACCCCCAUCACCAUCCUCUCCUCUCUGCACCCACUACCUGGAUGAGUUCAGUUCAUGUGGCGCCUUCCUUUUGUCACAGAAGCUAAGAAAUCUGGAGCAGCAAAUCCGAGAGACAAAGAUGACAAGUGAGAUGAGGAGGUCAGCCCUGGACCCCUCCUGUCUCCUUACCCCACCCAAAACCCCCCUCAUAGACAUUGUUAGUUUGGUAAAGGAAGGCCAGGAUAAAUGGACAAAGGCCGACAAUGAGACACUUCCCUGGACAUACGAUGUAGAUGCACCUGACAAAGGUGGAUUAGUAUUUGAAUGUCUGGCUGCAUUGAAGGUAGACCGUUUGAAGACAGACUGCCCCAAUAUGAAAAUAAUUAUGGAACUAAAGGAGGAGGAGGAGCAGCAGGAGAAGGAAGAAGAGGAAAGCCAUUAUAAUGACAAUAAUGGGGAGGUGUUCAGCUUGGAACUGGAAAGAGGUGAAAUAGGACUUGGCCUUGCUCUGGUUGACACAAGGGAAACAUCCUUGAGGGUGAAAGGCAUCUUCAUCCGCUCAGUGGUUCCAGACUCUCCUGCAGCCCGAUGUAAGAAGCUGCUACCAGGAGACAGGAUCCUGGCUGUAAAUGGAGUCAGUCUGCUUGGGCUGGACCACAAGAGUGGAAAAGACCUGAUCCAGUUAUCGGGGGACAAACUGAGAUUAUUGGUGACCAGAUGUGGUUGGAUGGCUGAGGCUAUUAACACCGGAUGCUGACUGCAUUUUUCACACCAUGAAAUUACCUUCAUCCUGCUUGACCAGAUUUCCGCUUCUCAACUGAGAUUAAUAACUACAGUUAGGGGACAAAUUUAAGAAAAAUCUGCAUUGAGAACGUUAAAAUGUUCUUCCAUCACAAGCCUCUAUAAUAGCUUUGUUGGUUUACAUUAUAGAUGCUCCAAGCUUUUCAAAAUACAUAUUGUCUAGUGUCUAGUACAUAAAAAAUCCAUACAUACAAGGCUGGACUGGCCAUCUGGCAUACCAGGGCACUUUCCUGGUGUGUCGACGUGCCUAAUGGGCUGAGGCAGUUGUCUUUAUUUUGUUGUCUUAUUGGCCCAUCAUUUUGUAUUUAAUUGAUACAGCUCUAAACUGAUCACCACCUAAUUGGGAGUUAGUUUUGCAUUGCAGGGGAAUAGCGAGGGUAAACUGGGAAACGAACUGAGGCCCUUGUCCAUGGGAUCUUUUUUUGGGGUGAAUAUUUUAUUUUUCCAAAUAUUUUCACAAUGCAAGAGAACAUGCAGAGCAUACAGAGCACACUACAUUAAACAUUACAGAAAUUUAAAUAACAAAAUAAAAAAAUACACACAUAGAUGAAAUAAAACUGUCCAUGGGAUCUUUAACUCCCACCUCCCCCCGACUUUGCAUCUCAGAGGAGCCUUGGGACAUGGAAUCGGAGUGGGCCAGGUUCAAAGCCUCCAUUGUGUAUGUGGGUACCAGGAGCUCUCAGUUUAGUUGGGAGUACUGCAGGAAUAUAGGCUGUUGUUAAAAGCAAUGUUAUCCUCGUGUAACCAAACUACACUGUAUUCAUUGAUUGUCUGUCUGUUGUUGUAAUGCACUCAUUGCUUGCUGUAAAAAACAAAUUGCUCCAUAGGGACAUGGACAGGAUUUUGAGGCAUAGCCAGGGGGAGGAAUGUGUCUGGUCAGCAGAUUUUUGUAAUUCACUGAGAAUCAGCUGUUAAAAUUUGAUCUGAAAUAAUCACCAGUUUAAUAAAGAAAAAGGUUAAGAAAUCCCAACUGACAUUUUAUCAGACAAUAAAAAAGUGUAGGAGGAGGGGGUAUAGGGAACAGGUUUACGUUCUCAACAUUAUUAGUUCUCAAAUGUUAAACCAUUGACCUCAUAGGCUAAACUGGGGUAGAAGUAAUUCAUGUUUAAAGGACCAUUGUGAAGGUUUUAUUGAGAUUAAUUGGCUUAAUAUAUACAGCUAUACAGUGGAUCAUAUAGUUUAUAGCAGAUCCACCACCACUGAGUGAGAUACAUGACCUCUGAUAGAGUAAGCCUGAAUGCAAGAACUCCUCUACACUAACGAAUUUAGUAGCCUUCUUAUUUGAUGGCAGAUAAAGUUUAACAACAACAAAGCAGAAUACAGUUGUAAAAAGCGCUUCUCAAUCUCAUCAGGAAAGUGGAUCAUUUGCUGGAAGAAAAUUUCAGAAACUGUCUAAAGAAGCCUUGUCGAAAGCAUAAUGUAAAUUAUCCAAAUCCAUCUCAUCCAAAUGUUCAACUUUCAAUUUCAUUGCUAUCAAUUUAUAUUGUUCAUUUAUUCCGUCUUGCCUUAUCCCUGAAUUAUCAUCCUUGUAAAUAUUCCAUUACUAUUAGAUAUUAGUCAAUAAAUAUCAUUUUGUUUUUGCA